UGUGAAAGCAGCAUUGCAGUCACUGCAAUCAGAGCCACAUACGGGACGCAAUCCAACGUUUUUUGGAACUGAGAUUGAGAUAUGGGCGGAGCAACUUUUAGUCAGCCGUGGAGGUUUUUACCAGAGAAUAACCAGGAUAUCCUGGAUUUUCUCAACUCUUACAAGCCUAAAAAUAAAGAUGCCAGCCAUCUCAGAAUUCUGCUUAUUGGACCAGUUGGUGCAGGAAAAUCCGCCUUCAUCAACUCUGUUGACAGCGUUUUACAAGGAAGAGUUUCUGGUCGAGUUUUGACAGAUGCUACCACUACCACUUGCACCAGUUUCACUAAGAAGUACAAAACUUAUAAAUUCUCCAAAGGAAAUCAAGGUCAUUACUCAUUUGUUUUCAAUGACAUCAUGGGCAUUGAGAAAAUGGCUGGUGUUCAUGUGGAAGACAUCAAACUUGCCCUAAAGGGACACGUGAAGGACAAAUACAAGUUUAAUCCUGAAAAACAACUGAAAGCGGGAGAUCCAGACUACAACUCUUCUCCCGAUCUGAAUGACAAAGUUCAUGUUCUGGUCACGGUUGUUCCUGCCAGCUCAAUGUCUUUACUAAGUAAAGACACGCUGGACAAACUCAGAGAUGUCAGAAUGGCAGCCUCUGACUUGGGCAUUCCCCAGAUGGCUGUCCUCACUAAAGUUGAUGAAGCCUGUCCUGAGGCAAAAAAGAAUCCAAACAACAUCUACAAGAGCAAGUACCUGAAGCAGCAGUUCGACCAAUUGAACCAUUUGCUGGGCCUUCCUCUGAACUGUAUCUUUCUUGUGAAGAAUUACAAUUCAGAAAUCGACACAAAUGCUGCCACUGAUGCUCACAUCCUGUGUGCACUGAAACAGAUGAUUGUCUUUGGAGAAGAAUUCCUCAAUCACCUGAAUGACUGAGAAACGGGAAAAUGAUUAUCUGACCAUAAGACUGAAGGAUGUGAUCAUUAUACAUGAGAA